GUUAAUUGCCGCGUAAGGUUGCGUCUUAAAGGAAAGUGGUAGGGUGGCGAUAUUCAGUUUUUUUGCGGGAGUUUCAAGGAGUCGAAUGUGUCGUGAUUUUCGUGUGAAACAUGAAGGGGUGCGAAUUAAAUCUGAUCAAAACGGUUUUGUUUGUUUUCAACUUGGUUUUUGCGUUGUCCGGUUUGGGUCUGAUCAUAGCAGGAGCCGUAGUCCUCUCAGACAUAGGUGAAUUUGGCCACUUCUUAGAGGGCCGAAUUCUAGCACCUCCAGUUGUGCUCAUUGUUGCAGGAGUCAUAGUAUUUCUCGUAGCCACCCUGGGGUGCUACGGGGUUAUUAGAGAGUCUUACUAUAUGCUUAUGGCGUUUGCCUUAUGCCUUCUCGUCAUAUUCAUCGUAGAAUUCGCAGUAGGCAUAGCAGCAGCUACUUAUAAGAACGAGUUCAGAUCAGCCCUUAGAGACGUGAUGAUGACGUCGUUGAAUAACUAUGAAAAGAGCAAAGCAGACAAAGUUGCCUGGGAUAAUAUCCAAAGCAGGUUGGAAUGUUGUGGUGUCGAGGGGCCUAACGACUGGGGUGACAGACGUCCAGCAUCAUGUUGUUUCGCUCCUAGGGACAACGCCCCUACCCCCAAUCAGGAUCAAUGCCGUAAGGCGCAGCCAAAUGACGAGUACCUCUAUUCUUACGGUUGUAUCUAUGAACUUGAGAACAAAGCGGAAUCUGGAUCUAAGGUGCUUAUUGGGGUUGGAAUUGGAAUCGCCUUUAUUGAGAUCGUGGGCAUAAUUUUGGCGUGUUGGAUGGCAUCGGUUGUGAAGAAUAAAGAGUGAAGCAUCAGGAUCUACAUUUAGUAGUUACUUGUUCUCUUGAAUGAGUAAUCUUAGUUUUUUCUAUUGAUAAUUUAUAUACCAUAGAACCUUAUGACAUAUAAGUAUAAUACAUACAAUAAUUAGGUAUUAUUUAACCACAUUAAUAUUAAAUUCGUUGUUUAUUUUAUAGGAAAUGAGUUAUGCAAGUCAGUAUUUACGUUUUUAUAUACUAUAUGGUAGGACUGAAACUGAAUGUUAAUUGGUAAAUAUGGUAAAUUGAAAAUGUUUGUUUGUGUUAUUUAAUUGUACGUAUAUUAAAUCGUGUAGUGCAAAACCUACCUUACAUUCCAGUAAAGAUAUACACGGGUAUAAGAAUGAUACAAAAAGGAAUAUCACUUGUAGAAUAGUAAUACCAUCAGACAUUUUUUAUUUUACUUUAGAUUUGUAUAUCUUAGAUGUAAUUACAAUAUUCAGG